AUGGCGUUGGAAACUUGGAAGCUGCUACGUGUGACCUUCGCUGUGCGCGCAGUACAGAUCCUGAUCUCUGUGCCCAUGCUAGACGAACAACUCGGAUCGCUGACAGAUGCCCUUAGAAGGCUCGAAGUGGCUCUGAAGCAUGCAAAGGGCGUCGCCGAGCAUGGCUACGUGUAUGAACACAAUCAUGCCUUCUACCCUGCCGUCCCGUUCGUUGCCUCCUGGAUAUCCAAGUUAGGAGUCGUUGUCAUGCAUUUCUUGUCUCUUAAGGUGCUUCGAUCAGAGAGUGACGCUAGGAAUGCAGCAGUCUUCUUCAUACUGCAAGUAUGUUGGUUCAAACCAGGUUGCCACUCUGCUCAUCUUCAACCUACUCCCCGAUUGUCGCUGAGGAAGUUGGCGUGCGCAUCGAGACAGGGGCAGUUGCACUGGGCAAGGAUGCUCAUGGGAGCUUUCUCGCUAGUCCUGCAGUGCGGAGUUGUGGUAUCAGGCCACCUUGCUUUCUCUCUGUUCGGGAACCUCCUUUACUGUAAGAGCGACUUCGCAAUCCUCUCUGCUCUCCAGCACAACUUCCGCCCCCAUCCCCCUCAAGAUCCUCGUCCCUGGUGCAACCAGCUCGGUCCCUACAGAUUCGUCCAGCAGACGUACUGGGGUGUGGGUUUCCUGGAAUAUUUCGAGUUCAAUCUCUACGAAGUUCUAUCGGGGAGUUCAGGAGGUACGACAGGGAAAAGCAGGAAGGCGCUAGGAACAAGCUCGGGGCUGAAUCUCGACACUUUACCAUAUGUUGCUCACGCUGCGUUCUUGGCGAUCUUUGCCUUCUUCUUCAUCAACGUCCAGGUCUCUACUCGACUGCUCUGCUCUUCAUGCCCUUCAGUCUUCUGGUUCUUAGCAGCGUUGACCCAUCGAUCUCAGGUAGCGAAGGAUCCUCUUGCAAGGAAGCUCGUUGCGAUCUACUGCUGUUUCUUCUCGAUCUAUGCCAGCAUCGGCUGCGUCCUGUUUUCCACCUUCCUUCCAUGGACAUGA